GCGAGUAGGAGCUACGAGGCGAGUAGGAGCUACGAGGCGAGUAGGAGCUACGAGGCGAGUAGGAGCUACGAGGCGAGUAGGAGCUACGAGGCGAGUAGGAGCUACGAGGCGAGUAGGAGCUACGAGGCGAGUAGGAGCUACGAGGCGAGUAGGAGCUACGAGGCGAGUACGAACUACGAGGCGAGUAGGAGCUACGAGGCGAGUAGGAGCUACGAGGCGAGUAGGAGCUACGAGGCGAGUAGGAGCUACGAGGCGAGUAGGAGCUACGAGGCGAGUACGAGCUACGAGGCGGGUACGAGCUAC